AUGGGGACGGACAGCCCCACGAGCGCCUCAUCAUGGCGCUCCUCGACACUCCUCGUCAUCUUCACCGCGACAUUGGGACUGUUCACGGGUGAGUUGACCGCCAUCUCACGGCGAUCGAUCAGAGCUGAUGAAAAACACAGAGAAUUUCCUGUAUGGCUUCGUCAUCCCCAUCAUGGCGUACAUGUUCGAGGUGCGACUGGGCCAGGAUCCAGCAUACACCCAACGCUACGCCAGUGGGAUGCUCUUCAUCAUGGGCUUCAUCUGCGUCUUCGCAGCUCCGGUGAUUGGCCAUUUCGCGGAUCAGACGCCGAGCAGACGGAUUCCGCUGUUGAUUUCGCUCGUGGGAUGUACGGCCGGGACGGCGUUGGUGGCGGCCACACCGAAUGGUAACUCCCCGUAAACAACUCUUUCCAUCAUGACGCUGACUGAUUCUUCCAGUAUAUGUCGUCUUCAUCGGACGAGUCAUCCAAGGAGCCGCGGGCACCGGCGCCUGGAUCGUCAGCUUCGCGAUGCUGACCGAUAGCAUCGACAAGAAGCACUUUGGCAAGACGCUGGGAUUCGCCUCGUCCUUUGUGACCGCAGGAGUUCUGACCGGACCUGCCGUCUCGGGCGCCCUGUUGGAAUGGCUGGGAUACUGGCCCGCAUGGUCUGUCCCUUUCGCCCUUCUCGCGAUUGAUCUCGUCGCGCGACUGCUAGUGGUUGAGGUGAAGAAGCCCCAGAAAUCCUCCGCAGCAGAUCAACGGAAUCCCAACGGAGAAGAGGUCGGAGAAAGCACGGGUCUCCUGGCGGCCGCCGAAUCGUCCGCCAACGACGACGACGACGACGAGGCACCGAAACAAGAUCAUACCACCACAACAACAUCACCUCCUUCCAAGAAAAGCUCCGCUUUCUACACCAUCAUGCUCACCAACCCUUCCAUCCUCGCCGCCCUCGCCAACAUCAUCACCUUCUCCCUCAUCGUCGCCGCCUUCGACGCCACCUUCCCCCUCCACCUCCGCCAAGCCUUUCACUGGGGCCCCGCCGCCGUCGGCUCCAUCUUCCUCGGAAUCCAAAUCCCCGCCAUGCUCCUGGCUCCCCUCAUCGGCUGGCUGCGAGACCGUGUCGGCCUCCGAUGGCCCACCGCGCUCGGAUGGCUCCUCAUGGCUCCCGUCAUGUGGUUCCUCGGCGUGCCCGGGGGAUCGAAACUCCCGGGCAUCGACUCCGAUGCGAGAGGCGAAGCGGCCUUUGUCGCGGGGAUUAUAGCUCUGGGCCUUGUGAGUCCCCUGACGAGAGGCUCGGGGGGAUAUCAGAUGGUUGGUGAGUUGCUGCACCACACCCACCAAACGUCUUUUCGAGAAUCGCAACAUCGCUAACGUUUUCCCACUAUUUUGUUGUUUGUUCUAGCCACCCUCCGCGACCUCGAAGCCUCCGAUCCCGCCCUCUUCGGCCCCCACGGCGGCAGCACCCGGCUCUUCUCCCUGACCGAAGUCGCCUUCAGCGGCGGUCUCAUGCUCGGGCCCAUCGUUGGGGGUUUCCUCUCCGAUACCGUGGGGUUUUACUAUAUGAUGUGUGUGCUGGGUGAGUUUUUCCGAUUCCCUUUUUUUUCUUUUUUCCCAAGAAUGGAUGAAUGACUAAUGAUUUGGGGGGGGGGGGUUUUGUUUCUGAUAGCUGUCAUGUGUCUCGCUGUGUCAAUCACUUCGGCCAUGUUUUUGACUACUACGACCAAGGGACGGAAUCGAUCAGGCGAGGUAUGA